CUCUCUCUCCUCCGCCGCUUAUCUCUGUGCGCAUCGUCAGCACUAGUUUGGAGUCAAAUCUGACAGCCGCUGCUUUGCCCGCUCCAUCCACCGGUUCUCCUUUAACUCUCCGGCGGCUGUCCCAGCUCCUUUAAAGAGCUCGCACAGUCGGGACUGUGGGAGCGCAUCGGACCGCUGUGAUCAACUUGGGGCGCAGAAAGAGCAGGGAAACUCCUCGGGAUUCUCCGUACAUCGAGCGCUGAUCUGGAUGUUGUGUUUGACGUACUCAAGAACUUCUUAAGGAGAAUUCUGGGGAGAUCUCAUGCUCUUUUAUUCCUCAAGGAUGAAGCAGCAGUGAACCUUUGUGUUGAAGCAAGCUACCACUUUCAAACUUCAGUGUCAAGGAUGAAACAUGAGCAAAGGUUAUAAAGGCUUGUUUCUAUCAUCCUGUUGUUCAGUGAGGCUCUGAGCUCACGGUGAAUGCAGCAUGCAUGUGUCGACCUAUCCCACGAUGCUCCCUGUCAGUCCAGGCCUGUUUCUCCUCAGCUUCCUCUUGCUCGCUGAUGCUGACUCUCCACCUAGAUUCACAAGAACUCCAGAGCACCAAACUGGAGUGCAGGGGGGAGUGGCUUCCUUCGUAUGCCAGGCAACAGGAGAUCCACAGCCCAAGAUUGUUUGGAAUAAGAAAGGCAAAAAAGUCAGCAACCAGAGAUUUGAGGUGAUAGAGUUUGACGAUGGGUCGGGUUCUGUCCUGAGGAUCCAGCCACUGAGGACCCCCAGAGAUGAGGCGAUUUAUGAAUGUCAUGCCUCCAACUCAGCAGGAGAGCUUACUGCUACCACUCGACUCAGUGUCUUAAGAGAGGACCAACUGCCCCCAGGGUUUCCCACCAUUGAUAUGGGACCCCAGCUAAAAGUGGUGGAGCGUUCACGGACUGCCACCAUGCUCUGUGCAGCAAGCGGCAACCCUGACCCAGAAAUUACCUGGUUCAAGGAUUUCCUUCCGGUCAACACGUCCAAUAAUAACGGUCGAAUAAAGCAGCUCCGCUCAGAGUCCUUUGGUGGCACGCCCAUACGAGGUGCCCUACAGAUAGAGAUGAGUGAGGAAGGGGACCAGGGGAAGUAUGAGUGUGUUGCCACCAACAGUGAUGGGACACGCUAUUCCACCCCUGCUAACCUGUAUGUCAGAGAGCUGCGAGAAGUGCGUCGCGUCCCCCCUCGCUUCUCUAUUCCCCCGGCUGACAGUGAAAUCAUGCCAGGGGGGAACGUCAACAUCACCUGCGUGGCAGUUGGCUCUCCCAUGCCCUACGUGAAGUGGAUGCUUGGAGCAGAAGACCUGACGCCCGAGGACGACAUGCCCAUUGGUCGCAACGUCCUGGAGCUCACUGACGUACGCCAGUCCAACAACUACACCUGUGUGGCCAUGUCCACGCUUGGGGUGAUUGAGGCUAUGGCACAAAUUAUUGUAAAAGCCCUGCCGAAGGCUCCUGGUGUCCCUGUGGUGACAGAGAGAACUGCAACGAGUAUUACUCUCACCUGGGAUUCGGGAAACCCAGAACCAGUCUCAUACUAUGUCAUACAGCAUCGCGCCAAAGGUUCAGAAGAUCCUUACAAAGAGAUAGAUGGCAUUGCCACAACACGCUACAGUGUUGGAGGCCUCAGUCCAUACUCCCACUACGACUUCCGGGUGGCAGCUGUCAACACCAUCGGCCAGGGGCCGUCCAGUGAGGCAGUGGAGGCUCGCACAGCGGAGCAGGCCCCCUCAUCGCCUCCUCGACAGGUCAUAGGUCGGAUGCUGAGCGCUACAACAGCAAUGAUUCAUUGGGACGAGCCAGAGGAACCAAACGGUCAAGUGGUUGGUUACAGGGUUUACUACACCUCAGACAACACGCUGCCAGUCAACCAGUGGGAGAAGCAGAUGGUCCGAGGCACCAAUUUCAUCACGAUCCAGGAUCUGACUCCCAACAAGACUUAUUACAUCCGGGUGCUGGCUUUUACCUCUGUGGGAGACGGACCUUUGUCCCAGGAUCUGCAGAUUAUAGCCAAGACUGGAGUUCCAUCCCAGCCAUUAGAUUUCAAGGGAGAGGCCAAGUCUGAGACCAGUAUCCUGUUGUCCUGGGUGGCCCCCUCAACCCAGGGUGGCCCAGACAGCCAAAUCACAGGAUACGAACUGGUCUAUCGAAGGGCCGACGACACAGAGGAGAGGAAAGUGAGCUUUGAACCAUCCACCUCCUACCUGCUGAAGAACCUCAAACCCUUCUCCACCUACACCUUCCAGCUGGCCGCUAAGAGCAAAAAUGGGAUCGGAGCGUACACCAAUGAAGUGUCCAUUGACACUCCACAGACACUUCCCUCAGCACCUCCCCAGGACAUCACGUGCACCAGUCCCAGUUCUACCAGCAUUCUGGUAAGUUGGGCUCCACCACCCCUGGAGUUUCAGAACGGCAUCAUAACUGGAUACUCCAUCCAGUACUCUACGAUGGAGGGCAACAAAACAUCCCAAAGAGUUGAAGGGAUUCCUCCGGGAAGUUCACCGUAUCUCCUGGAAAACCUUGACAAAUGGACUGAGUAUGGCAUAACCGUUCGGGCUCUCACGGAGGUUGGGGAAGGACCAGAAAGUUUACAGCUGCUUAUCCGCACCGAGGAGGAUGUUCCAAGUGGUCCUCCACAAGAGGUGGAAGCAGAGACAGUGAAUGCCUCGGCCAUUAGGGUGAAAUGGCGAGCUCCAGCGCCAGAACUUCAGCACGGACAGAUCCGUGGCUACCAAGUCCACUAUGUUCACACAAACUAUGGCGAACCACAAGGUCAACCCCUCAUCAAAGACAUCCUCAUCGAUGACUCACAGUGGGAAUAUGGCAAAUCAGGGGAAUAUGAGAUCGUGCUUGGAGACCUAAAAGCAGACACAGCCUACUCUGUGUCAGUGGGAGCUUACACUGCAAAGGGUGACGGUGCUCGUAGCAAAGCUGUUACUGCCUGCACCGCACUGCCUUUUCCUGAGAAACCGAAACUGCUGGUCAGUGCAACUGAAUUAGGUACUGCUCUUCUGCAGUGGUACCCCCCUCCGAACCCACCAACCCCUUUGCUAGGGUACCGACUCACCUUUGGCCGGGUCGACAUCCUUCCCUUUACUGUGGUGGAGUUUCCCACGACAGAAACACGUUACACUGCUCUGGAUAUUCAUAAAGGAGCUAACUAUGUUUUCAGACUCUCUGCCAGAAACAAAAUGGGCUAUGGAGAGGAGACCAUGAAGGAGGUGACCACUCCAGAAGAUGCCCCAACUGGAUACCCAGAAAAUAUCAUUCUAGAGGAGGCUUCUGCCACCUCUCUCAUGCUAACAUGGAAAUCAGUCCCACUAAUAGAGCAAAACGGAAAAAUUACGAAGUACUCGGUGCUGUACAAGGACAUAAACAGUCGGGGGAACGCUACGGAGGUGGUGGUGCCCGCUCCAGGGUCAAGUGUUUUACUGGAGGGUCUGAGUGCCGAUACCGUGUAUGAUGUCAGGGUGGGUGCAUUCACAGCUGUCGGUCCUGGGCCGUACAGCCCCAGUGUCCAGUUCAGGACGCAGCGGCUUGACCAAGUUUUUGCCACCAACUUCAGAGUGAAAGCAGCCAUGAAGAACUCUGUUCUGCUCUCUUGGGAGAUCCGGGACAAGAACCCUUCCUUGCCAUUUACUAUCCUGUAUGGAAAAGGCCGCUCUGUGGAAGUAGAUGGCAGACAGACUCAGAAGCUUAUAACUGGCUUGGAUCCGGACACCCAGUACUCUUUUCUGCUGACGAACCGGGCCAACAGUGCUGGUGGCCUGCAGCACCACGUCACUGCCACAACUGCACCAGACAUCUUGAAAAGCAAACCCCUUAUUGUGGGAAAGACCAAUGCAGAUGGAAUGGUGACCGUGCAGCUGCCAACUGUGCAGACGACAGCAAAAGUCAGGGGUUACUAUGUGGUGGUGGUGCCGUUGAAGAAACAGAGAGGAGGAAAGUUUCUGAAUCCCUGGGAAGAUCCUGAUCAGAUGAAUCUGGAUGAGCUCCUCAGAGAGAUCAACAGGACCAGUGUCAGCCGUUCCCUUCGAAUCCGCAGACAGGCCAGCCAAUCAGAGCCGAGGGCGUAUAUAACAGCUCACUUUAAGACCCUCCCCUUAGAGUUCACUUUAGGUGACAGUCGAACCUACGGCGACUUCCGCAACCGUCCUCUGAAGGGUGGACAGGAGUAUGUCUUCUUUGUCCUUUCCCUCCUAGACCUCUCAGAAAAUACGAUGUUCUCAACCAGUCCCUAUUCUGAUCCGGUGACGGCAUCGGACGUGGAUCCCCAGCCGAUGGUUGACGAGGAGGAGGGUCUGCUGUGGGUUGUAGGCCCCGUCCUUGCUGUCAUCUUUAUUGUCUGCAUUGUCAUCGCCAUUCUUUUGUUUAAAAGCAAACCUGACAGGAAAAGAGCCGAGGCUGAAGGAAGGAAGGGCAGUUUUCCCUGCAGCAAAGCCAUGUCCUCCCACCAUCCCACAGAUCCUGUUGAGCUGCGGAGGAUCAACUUCCAGACUCCAGCUUACCGUGUAUCGGUGUACCGCGGUUAUCGCCGCUUGUCAAGCAUGGCAAGUCACCCGCCUGUCCCCAUCUCGGAGCUGGCAGAUCACAUCGAGCGCCUCAAGGCAAAUGACAAUCUCAAGUUCUCUCAAGAGUAUGAGUCCGUAGACCCAGCUCAGCAAUUCACAUGGGAAAACUCCAACUUGGAGGUCAACAAACCAAAGAACCGCUAUGCUAAUGUCAUUGCAUACGAUCACUCCAGGGUCAUACUCUCCAGCAUUGAUGGUGUCCCUGGCAGUGACUAUAUGAAUGCCAACUACAUUGAUGGCUACCGUCGUCAGAAUGCCUACAUAGCCACGCAAGGCCCUCUUCCGGAGACCUUUGGGGAUUUCUGGAGGAUGGUCUGGGAGCAGCACACAGCCAACAUUGUCAUGAUGACCAAGCUGGAGGAGAAGUCAAGGAUGCCCUCUUAUUUCUUCUCUAAGGUGAAAUGCGAUCAGUACUGGCCAACACGUGGCACAGAGACCUAUGGCCUCAUACAGGUCACUCUGCUGGACACGGUGGAGCUGGCCACCUACUCUAUGAGGACCUUCGCUCUUUACAAGAGCGGCUCUAAUGAGAAGCGUGAAGUUCGUCACUUCCAGUUUACAGCCUGGCCUGACCACGGUGUCCCUGAACAUCCCACCCCGUUCCUGGCCUUUCUCCGGCGGGUUAAGGCCUGCAACCCUCCAGAUGCUGGACCAAUGAUUGUGCACUGCAGCGCUGGUGUGGGUCGAACCGGGUGCUUCAUAGUCAUCGACGGCAUGACGGAGCGCAUCAAGCACGAGAAAACCAUCGACAUUUACGGCCACGUCACGCUGAUGCGCUCCCAGAGGAACUACAUGGUCCAGACAGAAGAUCAGUACAUCUUCAUCCACGAUGCUCUGCUGGAGGCGGUAACGUGCGGGAACACUGAGGUCCCUGCCAGGAACCUGUACUCCUACAUCCAGAGGCUGACCCAGAUUGAGCCUGGGGAGAACGUCACCGGCAUGGAGGUGGAGUUCAAGCGCUUGGCCAGUGCCAAGGCCCACACAUCCCGGUUCGUAAGUGCCAAUCUGCCGUGCAACAAGUUCAAGAACCGACUGGUGAAUAUCAUGCCCUAUGAGACGACGCGCGUGUGUCUGCAGCCAAUCAGAGGGGUGGAAGGGUCCGACUACAUCAACGCCAGCUUCAUCGACGGCUACAGGCAACAGCGGGCCUAUAUAGCAACCCAGGGCCCGCUGGCAGAGACCACAGAGGACUACUGGAGAAUGCUGUGGGAACACAACUCUACCAUUGUUGUUAUGCUGACAAAGCUGAGAGAAAUGGGACGGGAGAAAUGUCAUCAGUACUGGCCAGCAGAGCGAUCAGCCAGGUACCAGUACUUUGUGGUUGAUCCAAUGGCUGAAUAUAACAUGCCUCAGUACAUCCUCCGAGAGUUUAAAGUGACCGACGCCAGAGAUGGUCAAUCAAGGACAGUUCGUCAGUUCCAAUUCACAGAUUGGCCAGAGCAAGGAGUGCCAAAAUCGGGUGAAGGAUUCAUCGAUUUUAUUGGUCAGGUGCACAAAACUAAAGAACAGUUUGGUCAAGAUGGUCCGAUUACAGUGCACUGCAGUGCUGGAGUGGGAAGAACCGGUGUGUUCAUCACCCUUAGCAUCGUCCUUGAGCGGAUGAGGUAUGAAGGGGUGGUGGACAUCUUCCAGACGGUCAAGAUGCUGCGCACUCAGAGACCUGCCACCGUUCAGACAGAGGACCAGUACCAGUUCUGCUACCGAGCCAGUCUGGAGUACCUGGGAAGCUUUGAUCACUAUGCAACAUAAACCCAGUUGCUGUCUUGUCGCACCCCGUUCAGCCGACUGCUCCCUUUUUUGUAGUAUCACACACAACCUGAAUACGUGCACUUGGCUGGAACGUGUGCGUGAAGAUUUUGCCACCACCUACAGAUUAUAAAUGGGGAGGGGGGGGACAGAACAUCGGCUUAUCCCCUUACCCAGAAACAGCACUUCUUACUGAGCCAUAGCGAUCCUGCUCGACCCCCAGGGGGAGGAUGGCGGAUGACUCGUUUCGCCUCCCCCUACCUCCCCCACCCAGCCCCGACACAAACACCCCUGUGGGUCAGUCUGAAGAAGCAGCUUCAACCACUUCUCCAAAAAAAAAA